GGAACUGGGGUCGGGGCCCGGGCGCGGCGGGCAGGGAGAGGACCGGAUCCGGCGUCUGGCGGGCAAAAGCAGCGGGCCUGGGCUCAGGGCCCGGCGGUGAAAGGAGCGGCGGCGGGGUCGGUGCUGCCGGGCAGGGGACUGGGCCAGCGGCAGCGUUGGCCCCGAGCAGCUGGGAGCGGGAACGGGGCUGGGCCCGGGCACGUUGGAGCUGCGGUACCCUGCGCUGGCGAGAUGGCCACGCUGAGCGUGAAGCCAGGGCAGCGGUUCUCCGUGCCAGACUGGCACACCAACUCCCAUCUCCUCUCAGCCGACGCCGAGCGGCAGCGUUCUGCUUCCCACCAAGUCCGGCAGGAGGCCCGAGCGCUCCGCAACGAAACCAACAGCCAGACGAAGUGGGACGAGCACGACAACCAAACCCGGCUGGCUGAUCGUAUCAGCAGCGUGAACAGAUGGAAGGAGAGGCUGGACAAAUGCCUCGCAGACGUAGAUGCGGAAAUCGAUGCCUUAGCCAAAGUGAAGGAGGCAGCAGAACAUGCCCUCCAGGCAAAGAACCUGGCUUUGGACGUGUCCAUCGAGUGCCUGACGCUGCGCGAGAGCCGCCGCGACAUCGACGUGGUGAGAGACCCUGCCGAGGAGGAGCUGCACAGGGAGGUGAAGGUGAUCGACAAAGCCAAGAGAGAGCUGCAGCAGAAAGUGACCGAAAUCUUCCAGCAGCUUUGCCACUUGCAAGAGGCUCGCCAGCAGCUGAGCUGUGACCACCGGCACAAGAUGGAGGCCCUGGAAAUCGACCGUAUCUGCUUGUCCCUCGGCGUGAACUCGCCCAACAUCUCCUUCAAGGUCAACCCAACGCGGGUCCCAGGAGGGUCAACUACACUUGAUGAGUGGCAAAGACACAGCCAAGACAACAAGGAGCAUGCCGAGGCAGAAAUGAAAGCCUCCAGCCAGCUUCGAGAGGCAGCAGUGCUGACCAUUGCCCAGACAAACAACGAGCUGGAGGCUCAGAGAGUGGCCACUGAGUUUGCCUUUCGCAAGAGGAUUAGAGACAUGGAGAGAGCCUACAAUGAGCUGAAGUGGCAGGAGCAGAAUACCCUUGAGGAGAUUGCUGAGCAGGAGGAGGACAUCAGGCGCUUGGAGGAUGAUCUCCGGCGCAAAGCUCAAGAUCUGAAAGUGGCACAGACCCGCCUGGAGAUCCGCACCUGCCGGCCUGAGAGGGAGCUCUGCAGGGACCAGGCCCAGUAUGGGCUGACAGAUGAGGUCCACCAGCUGGAGGGGACCAUCCGUGCACUCAAGCAGAAGCUGGCAGAGUCACAGGACGCCUUGGAUGCUCUUUACAGACAACUUUACCGCACUCAAACCGAUCUUGGCUACAAAGCCAAUUCCUUGGUGCUGGACAAGAAGUGCAUGGACAGCCGGAGAAAACUUGUGGUACCUGCUGAGAAAUUUGUGCCAGAGGUUGACACUUUCAACCGGACCACGAACCGUGAGCUGAAGAACAAGCAGCUGGAGCUGGCUUAGCGUGCUGGGGGAGCGUUGUGCAACGAGGAGAAAGCAACCAGUGACUCAGUUCCGUAGCAAGCAGCACAGACAUCUGUGUCCUGUUAGGAUCAUACCAUUCUCCUCAGAGUUUAUGUAACUGUCUGUCUCCUUCUAUGAUAUUUAUAUCCUCUUGCACUCCCCGAAAAAAUAAAGAAUUUAUCCUUCUCUCCCCCCCCCAAAAAAAACAC